UCCUACAACCCGGAAGUACAUAUCACUCCAUGUGUUUAGUCGUAGGUGCAGAGUAGUACCAUACAUCAGCUGGAUUGCAGUGUAAAACUACUUAAAUUUAAAGUUUCAGCAAUGUCAGAAGAUAAAGAUCAGCAUGAGGACGGAAAGGACAACAUGAGCGACGCAGUUAGUGUCAUCCUUGGGGCGACAGUCCCGACAGGGUUUGAAUAUACGGCUGCAGAAGAAGUGAAGGAGAAAACGGGUGCAGAUGUUAAGAUUAGUAAGGAUCGUGGUAGAAUAUACUUCAGAAUAACUACACAACACCUUCACUUGGUGCACAAGUUGAGGUCAGUUGACAACUUAUUUGUUGUAGUAGCAGAAUUUGUGGACUACGAGUUUAAAGACACAAAGGAGGAGACAUUGAAAGAUUUCCAGAAGCUAGCCUCUAAACUACCAUGGACAGAUCCACUGGAAGUAUGGAAAAUAAACAAUUCCUUAAAGAAGAAGAAAUGGCGACGAAAAGGAACAAACCUUCCCAAGGCAUAUAGCAGCAGUCAGGCUGGGAAAGAGGGUGACUUCGGUGAGUUGACCAUGAAUGCUGAGAAACUCAAACUGGAGUCUGAAAUGCCUGGAGGAGGGCUGGAGGAAAACGGAUCCCCAGUACAAUCUGACAGCUUGGCCAGUCAGGGGAAGGAUUCAGAAGAGGUGGCAGAUGAGAGUUCAACAGAAGUGCUCAAGUUUCGAGUGACGUGCAACAGAGCUGGCGAGAAGCACAACUUCACCUCCAAUGAGGCUGCCAGGGAUUUCGGAGGCGCCGUCCAAGAUUUCUUUCAGUGGAAACCAGAUAUGACCAAGUUUGACAUAGAGGUCCUCCUGAAUAUUCACAACAGCGAGGUCGUGGUUGGCAUCGCACUGACUGAGGAGAGCCUUCAUCGGAGGAAUAUCACUCACUUUGGGCCUACAACCUUGCGUUCCACGCUAGCCUAUGGCAUGCUGAGACUUUGCAAGCCUCAAAUAUCUGAUGUUAUAAUCGACCCAAUGUGUGGAACAGGAGCUAUACCCCUUGAGGGGGCCAUUGAGUGGAAGAACUCCUACUACUUAGCGGGAGACAACAAUGACCAGGCAGUGAAACGUACACUUAACAACAUUAAUCACAUCCACAGGAAGAGGCAGGAAAAUGACGAUGCACCGUGGGGUCUGCCUGUGGACACUCUGCAGUGGGACUUGUGUCACCUACCCGUGAGAACAGCAUCGGUGGACAUAAUCAUCACGGAUAUGCCCUUUGGGAAGAGAAUGGGUUCAAAGAAGAAAAACUGGGAUUUGUAUCCAUCCUGUUUGAGGGAAAUGGCCCGAGUUUGCCGACCAGGAACAGGGAAGGCGGUGCUUCUGACCCAGGAUAAAAAGUGCUUUGCCAAGGCUUUGUCAAGGAUGGGGGGACUUUGGCGCAAGUCUCACACGGUAUGGGUGAACAUCGGAGGGCUCCAUGCCGGCGUGUUUCUCCUCAAACGGGUAGCAUCGGUUUUUGGGGAGACUCCUGAAGACCUUGGUCAGAGGCCUGGCCCAGGAGGAAGUGCGGCGAGAGCUCAGAAAGAAAAUGAAGGGGACUGACACACUGUUUGGCUUUCUUUCUGUGCUCUGGGUUAGUGUGUGCACAGGUGAAUGCAAAGACGGCAGUUAACGCCUUAAAGAAAUUAUUUACAUUUAGUUUAAAAAUGUUUAAAAAAUAAAUUCUUCCAUAAAAGUCA